CUCCCCCGUGCUUCUCUCCAACGUCAAGGUGGAGCCUUCACCAACUACUGGGUCUCUUACUAAACCUCUGUCUGUUCAAGAAUCUGUUUGUCCUGCCACAUAUCCUGUAACCACUGUACGCUUCAAAACCAAUACUGUUGAUGACAAAAUAUCUAGCUUCUUUGAGUUUAACUCAAACAAUAGAUCGAAUAUGGCUCCCACAGAUUUCAACAGCCAUGUAAACGGACCAUCUAUGCAAACACAAGGUUCAAGCCAAGCUCAAUCUUCUGCUUCAUCACCAUUAGUGAAAAGUGAGAUGGCAAUGCCGUCAAAUGAAUUAAGUUUAUCAUCACCUGUCCAAAUGGUUUGUUCUGAUGUUACUGCUCUUGUUCAAGCCGAUAUGGAUGGCUCUAACCCCCGAGGCAAUGUAGCUAAUGGGCUUCAAGCUUCACAAGUCGAAGUGAAAGACAGUGCUAUCUCAGUUGCUGAGAGAACAUCUGAUGAUGGGUAUAAUUGGCGAAAAUAUGGGCAGAAGCAUGUUAAAGGGAGUGAAUUUCCACGCUGCUAUUACAAAUGUACACAUCCUAACUGUGAGGUCAAAAAGCUGUUCGAACGUUCUCAUGAUGGGCAGAUCACUGAGAUAAUUUACAAGGGAUCCCAUGAUCAUCCUAAACCUCAACCAAGUCGCCGAUACUCUUCUGGCACUAUUAUGUCUAUGCAUGAGGAGAGAUUUGAGAAGCCUUCAUCUUUGUCUGGCCAAGAUGGUAACCAAUCAAAUGCGUUGCAUUAG